AUGCAGCAAUUGGGUACGGAGAUAUCUGAUGGAGAGGGGCAUCGAGAAGAAGAGCUAUUUUCAACAGACGGCAGCCGAGUUCAAACAUUUCAGCAACUCCCCGGCCACAGCCAGGGUCUAGAAGAACCAGGAAGUAUCCUCCGUCAGUAUUCGUCUGCACCGGAGACGACACAACGUCAAUCUCAGCAAGGAGGUGGCAUGAGAGAGACCUCUAGGCCGGCGACCGGCCAGCAAGGGCCACACGCGAGGACUCUUCUACCAUCCAUUACUUCCGUGGCUGCACAUCGGCAGCCGUCCGUCAAAGUCGUGUUUUGGAGACGUUUUAAGAGAUCUCGUAAUAACGGCUCUUUGAACCGCGUAGCGAUGACGGUCCAGGAGAGGUUUGGGCCCGCGCCGGGUGGCGGCGAAUCAGCACGUACCUAUACCAUAGCAGUUGCGAACGCAAUACCUUCAACUCCCGAUUAG